AUGUCCACAAACAAAAAGCGCAGAACACAAGUAGAUAGGGUCAGUGAUUUGCCAGACUCAUUGCUUCUUCAUAUUCUUUCUUUUCUUCCCCUUAAAAAAGCAGUAGCCACAAGCCUCUUGUCUAAGAGGUGGAGACCACUCUGGCUUUUCCUUCCCACUCUUCACUUUGAACUCACGAGCUUUCGGAAUAUUAAACUCUCUGUCCAAGUUGUAGACAAAAUGCUCAACUCGGUGGAUUUGAAAUCCGUUAAAAAAUUUGUUCUAGAUUUUCGUUGUUAUAAACCUCCUCGAAAGACGAGCAAGUGGAUUAAUACUGUGAUCACUAGCAAAGUUGAACAUCUGGAGCUGUAUCUGAGUGGGGAAGCUGUGUAUGAGUUGCCUUCUAGUGUUUUUAUAGCCAAUAACCUUAGGGUUUUGAAGUUGAGUGGAGUAACGGUGAAUACUCUUUCCCAUGUUGAUCUGCCUUUUCUUGAAGCAUUCCAUUUGGAGGAUGUCGAAAUUCCAGAUAUUACAAGUUUGGAAAUGGUUCUUACAGCUUGUCCUUUCCUUAAGGAAUUGGUGAUAAAAUUUUCUGAUGAUGUAGUGGGUUAUCAUCGACUCAACAUCGGAAGACUAAACCAUUUAGAGACUGCAGAGGUUCCACAAUCUCUAAUUCCACUGGAAGCUUUUUCUAAUGUUAAAUGCCUGCGCUUAUGUCAUUAUCCAGAGCAGGAUAUGUGGCCAUUCAGUGAUGAUAUUCCAAUGUUUUGCAAUUUAACCCAUCUGGAAUGUGUUGCUGAUGAGUGGACUGAGAUGCUUGGUUCUUCAUCCUCACCUGAACCAAUACUUGAUGUGCCGCCAUGUGUUUCAUUACAUUUGAAGCAGUUCACGCUUAGUGGCUUCCGCGGUUCUGAAAGUGAGUCUGAAAUGAUAAGAUUUAUGUUGAAGAAUGCUAGAGUUUUGAGGACUAUCUACGUCUGUGAAAGUUUUUAUCGAAGCGAGGAUAAGCUGCGAAAGUUGCAAAAAUUAGCAGCAUCCCUCAGAUCAGGCUCUGAGAGUUACAGUGGGAUGCACGAGCAGCCACUUAACGCCUCGGUGGUGUCACAUACGGCAGGAACAAUAAUCUCGAAGCACAUGUUUGUUUUGGAGGAUAUCAAGCGAUAG